AUGACCGUCCAGGAACUUACCGAUGAGGUGGAAGUCAUCGAAGCCAUCUACCCCUCAACUGCUAGCCAGCUAGCGCCCCAGAUCUACGAGUUUAGGCUCCCGGCAGCGGUGGACCUAGAGCAUGACUACGGCGCCAAAAAUAUCACGAUAACAAUGUCGUUCGCCGAAACGUACCCUGACACAAAACCCGAUAUCGUUCUCGUUCUGAAUCUGAACGAGACAGAUUUUGUGGAUGUGGGCUACUACGAGCGCACGUUCAACGAGCUCCUCGAGGCGUCCUUCCAGGAGGGAAUGGUGUGCCUCCUCGACUGUUUAAGCCAGAUUGACGAAUUUCUUUUCGAGCAGCAAGACAAAAACCUGACACGAAUUGCCAAAGAGGAGAAGAAGGCUGAAGAAAAGGCAAGGAUCGAGGAAAAGGCAAGGGCCGAGGAAAAAGCAAGGGCCGAGGCUGGUAUGCUGUUCACACCUGAUAUUUUCUCCGGCUGGACAAUCUCCGAACCGAUUCUCGAUCGUAAGUCCACUUUUAUCGCGUAUGUCAGACCGGUGCACUCUCUCCAAGAAGCACAACGACACCUCGCUGCGCUCAAGACGGACCGUAAGAUUGCGCGCGCGGCACACAACAUGACCGCUUGGCGCAUAUGCAACAAUGACGCAGUGGGUUCCACAAUACAAGACUGCGACGACGACGGUGAAGCCGCUGCGGGUGGCCGCUUGCUACACUUACUAACGCUUAUGGAUGUGUGGGACGUGAUGGUAGUGGUCAGCCGCUGGUUUGGCGGAAUUCACCUCGGGCCGGACCGCUUCAAGCAUAUCAAUGCUGCCGCGCGCGACGCUAUUGUCAAGGCGGGCUUCGACGUCGCGGGCGCCAAGGCGCGAAAGAAAAAGUAG